GCACGAGCCAAACAGCCUCUGUUCCCUGUCUCCGUUCAUCAUCGUCCGCCAAUAGCCGAGCUCGUGACGACGACCGGUCGACAGACUCACUCUAACGCUGUAUGGAGGGGAGUUCUGCUGACCAAUCGAGGAACGUGACCACGUCCUCAACAACGAUGUCGCGUCAUUACCUACCACAGCCGACGAUGGAUCUUGUGUUACUGACGCCGGACGCGAGACAGGCUUUAUGUGUUGGGCAGGUUUUCCCAGUGGAGAUUCACCGCUGCUUGGGAUGACGAACUGCUGGAGUUUCUAACAGAACUGGAUUAUAACGGUGCCAUGUGAAUUGGAUUAUAGUGCCCUGUUGGAAGAGUGUAGGAGAUUCCACGACCAGAGUGUUGUCACAUAUAUGGAAUAUACACCUUUUUCUGUUGGAUGUGACAUCUGUGGUUUCCAUGACAGCUCUGACAACACUUAUCAGUCCCACAAGUAAACAGCAGCUCCUCGCUAGCGCGUCACGUGACCGGUGUUUAUUUCGGGCCGUGAGACAACACAUCCUGUGUCGUCAUACAGUGGAGCUAUUCACCAGUCUGACGUCAUCCGACGGGCUGAGGGCGAGCUGUAGGCGCUACUGCUGUUUGAAGUACUUGAUUUUACCCCCCAACAACCUGACUGUGCUCUCAGCGACAAAAACCCGUGCCUCACUCUACUGGAUCGUACCACCUGACACCCCCUGCAUCCUCCGAUUUGAACUCACCUACGAUCUAGUCGACUCUCCCUUUGGGAGAUACAGUGUGACACGCGGUAUCCAUGGUGACCGACGUCAGGUGGCGCUCGUGGGGUUGAUUCCGUGUCAGCGGUACCGUGUCUUCAUGGUGUCUAUAGGGACGACGGGUACGACCAGCAACUUCAGCAACGAGGUUGAGUUUACCACAACAGCGGGUGAGUUUCGACUUUCCGUCUUGUAGGUCAUUGCAUGUCAUUCAAUCAUA